GCGCCUGCCGUCCCCCCGGGGCAGAAGGAGGGCGACGGGAGCCGGCGGGGCCCAGGGCUCGUCGGAGGAGCCGAGUCGGGGCUGCCGCUUCCUUCCCAACUUCUCUGCGCCCCGGUGGGAAGUGGGAACCAGCCGGGAGCCAAAGGGCGCCUGCGGAGCGCGCGCCCUUCCCGUCUCGGUGCGCCCUUUGCCCCGGCGGGGCUCGACGGGGCCCCGGUCCCUGCUUGGUCGGAGCCCUUCUUUCUUCUCCGCUGCCCGGAGGAGGAGGAGGAGGCGGAGAAGGAGGCGGAGGCGCCUUUUCCCCGCCUCGAAGGGGCCGCCGAGCAGCGCGCCAAGCGGCUCCCCUCGCCACUGCGCCUCGCCGGACGAGACGCGCCACAGGCUCGGGAAGAAGAAGGAAGGAAGGAAGGAAGCGAGCGAGAGAGCCAGCCAGCACGGCUUGCUGCCUCUCCGCCCCCGCCGCCGCCCCUCCACGAUCCCCCGUGGGCGCCCCGGGCCAAGAGUCUCCCGCAGCCGCCAUGCGCCCCUCGCGGCCCGCCCGUCGGGGGCGCCGCCUCCUCCUGGCCGGGCUCUGCUAAGCGCCCGCCUCGCUUCCGCCGCUCCGCUCCGGGCAUGGCGGGCGCAGGGGCCGCCGCGCUGCAGCCGCCGCCGCCUCCUCCUGCUCCCGCGUCCCCGCCGUCGUGGUACCACAAGGACCUGAGCCGCGCGGCGGCCGAAGAGCUCCUGGCCCGGGCGGGGCGCGACGGCAGCUUCUUGGUGCGCGACAGCGAGAGCGUGGCCGGAGCCUACGCCCUGUGCGUGCUAUUCCAGAAGCAUGUCCACACCUACCGAAUCUUGCCGGACGAAGAGGAUUUCCUGGCCGUGCAGACAUCUCAAGGGGUCCAGGUGAGGCGGUUCAAGACCCUGAGCGACCUCAUCACCCUCUACCUGCAGCCGAACCAAGGCCUCGUCUGCACGCUGCUCUUCCCUGUGGAACGGGAGAAGGACAAGGAGAAUGUGGAGGACAGGGACUACUCAGAUGGGGAGGACGAGAAGCCCCCACUGCCGCCCCGAUCGGGGUCCACCAGCCUUCCUGCUGGCAGCACUGCCGCCGGCCUGGCUAGCAACGCCCCUGCUGUGCAGGACGGGGCACUCGAAAGCACCACCAAUGGGCUCAGCACCGUUUCCCACGAGUACCUGAAAGGCAGCUACUCCCUGGACCUGGAGGCUGUGAAGGCUGGUGCCAGCAGCCUGCCCCACCUGAACAAAACCCUUGUCACUUCCUGCAAACGCCUGCACAGCGAGGUGGACAAGGUUUUGUCUGGCUUGGAGAUCCUGUCUAAGGUGUUUGACCAGCAGAGCUCCCCCAUGACCUCCCGGAUCUUGCAGCAGACCGCCAGCCAAACCGGAGAGCAGGAACUGGAGAGCCUCGUCCUGAAGCUGUCCGUCUUGAAGGACUUCCUGUCCAGUAUUGAGAAAAAGGCUUUGAAAGCUCUUCAGGACAUGAGUUCCACAGCCCAGCCUGGGCUGGCCCUGCCUUCUUCGCGAAAAGCAAAGAGCAUUCCUGUCCAGGCAUUUGAGGUGAAGCUGGACCUGACCUUGGGUGACCUCACAAAGAUUGGGAAAUCUCAGAAGUACACCUUGAGCGUGGAUGUGGAAGGUGGGAAGCUUGUUGUUCUGAAGAAGCAGAAGGACUCUCAGGAGGAUUGGAACACUUUUGCUCACGACAAGAUCCGCCAGCUGAUAAAAUCCCAGCGGGUGCAGAAUAAGCUGGGAAUCGUCUUUGAGAAGGAGAAAGAGAAGACUCAGAGGAAGGACUUCAUCUUUGUUAGUGCCAGGAAACGCGAGGCCUUCUGCCAACUCCUGCAGCUGAUGAAGAACAGACAUUCGAACCAGGACGAGCCAGACAUGAUUUCCAUCUUCAUUGGCACAUGGAAUAUGGGCAGCGUUCCGCCUCCCAAGAACAUCACCUCCUGGUUUGCCUCGAGGGGUCUGGGCAAGACGCUGGACGAGAUGACCGUCACCAUCCCCCACGACAUCUACGUCUUCGGCACCCAGGAGAACUCCAUGGGGGACAAGGAGUGGGUGGACUUUGUGCGUGGAGUCCUCAAGGAGUUCACGGAAAUAGAGUACCGGCCGAUCGCCAUGCAGUCCCUGUGGAACAUUAAAAUAGCCGUCCUGGUGAAACCAGAACAUGAGAACCGGAUCAGCCAUGUCAGCACCUCCAGCGUGAAAACCGGGAUCGCCAACACUCUGGGCAAUAAGGGGGCUGUUGGUGUCUCCUUCAUGUUCAAUGGCACGUCAUUUGGGUUUGUGAACUGCCACCUCACCUCCGGCAACGAGAAGACAGCCAGGAGGAACCAGAAUUACCUGGACAUCCUUCGUCUCCUCUCCCUGGGCGACAAGCAACUCAGCUCCUUCGACAUCUCCCUCCGCUUCACUCACCUCUUCUGGUUUGGGGACCUCAAUUACCGCCUGGACAUGGACAUUCAGGAGAUCCUCAGCUACAUCAAUCGCAAGGAGUUUGAGCCACUCCUCAGGGUGGAUCAGCUCAACCUGGAGAAGGAGAAGCACAAGAUCUUCCUGAGAUUUAGCGAGGAGGAGAUCACCUUCCCCCCCACGUACCGCUACGAGAGGGGCUCCCGGGACACCUACGUCUGGCAUAAACAGAAGCCCACUGGGGUGCGGACAAACGUUCCCUCCUGGUGCGACCGCAUCCUCUGGAAGUCCUAUCCGGAAACCCACAUCAACAGCAACUCUUACGGAUGCACGGACGACAUUGUGAGCAGCGACCACUCCCCUGUCUUCGCGGCAUUUGAAGUUGGGGUCACGUCCCAGUUUGUUUCCAAGAAAGGUCUCUCUAAAUCUUCAGACCAGGCCUACAUUGAAUUCGAGAGCGUCGAGGCGAUUGUGAAGACGGCCAGCAGGACCAAAUUCUUCAUAGAGUUCUACUCUGCCUGCCUAGAAGAAUUCAAGAAGAGCUUUGAGAACGAUUCGCAGAGCAGUGACAACAUCAACUUCUUGAAAGUGCAGUGGUCGUCCCGGCAGCUGCCGACGCUGAAGCCCAUCCUCUCCGACAUUGAAUACCUCCAAGACCAGCACAUCCUCUUGACGGUCAAAUCUCUGGAUGGCUACGAGUCCUAUGGCGAGUGUGUCAUUGCCCUCAAGUCCAUGAUUGGCAGCACUGCCCAGCAGUUCCUCACCUACCUGUCCCACCGUGGCGAGGAGACGGGCAACAUCCGUGGCUCCAUGAAGGUGCGGGUCCCAGCGGAGCGGAUGGGGACCCGCGAGAGGCUCUACGAAUGGAUCAGCAUCGAUAAGGACGAGACAGGAGCCGCCAAAGGGAAACUUCAGCCGGUAGCAACACGGACCAACCUCGACUACACGAAAUCUGUGGGGCGCAAACAUUCCCCUGGGGACGCCCCAGCAAUGGCCGCCUGCCCUGUUGGGAAACUCUUAGAUGAUCUGGAGAAGCCCGGCACCCAAACAGCCAGUCGCCUGCCAGCUCCCCAUCGCGGCACCUCCAGAGAUGAGGCGACCCAGGGCAGGCCCAGGCCGGACGCCCCCACAGAUCCCGACGGGCCCCCCCUGAAGAACAGCUUCAACAACCCGGCCUACUACGUCCUGGAGGGGGUCCCGCACCAGCUGCUGGUCUCGGAUCUGCCCCUGGCGACGGCGGCCAAGCCCCCCGCCCCCAGGAACAAAGUCCAGAUCACGGUGCCCAUCCAGGCUGAGCACCGGCGGCCGCAGCAGCCCCCCUGCCGGGCGGAGGAAAGCUCAGAGGAAGAGGAGCAAGGGGUCCUCAACCUGCCGCCCCCUGACUUCCCGCCACCCCCCUUGCCCAAGUUGGUGGAGUUUGACGUCUCCGGGGACUCCUUCUACACACCUGCAGGGACCCGGGUGGAAGAGCACGGAGCGAGCAAGGCCCGAGCAACCGUGGCCUUCAGCGAGCCCCUGGAGGCCAAGCCCCCCAAGGUGCACCCCAGGCCGGCUCCCUCCCUGGGGCCGGGGUUCCUGAUGGAGCCCCCCAGUGCUCCCCCAGGGCCCGGGGGUCCCCUGGACGACCGCUCCUGCUCCGUCCUCCAGAUGGCCAAGACCCUCAGCGAGGUGGACUAUGCCGGCGGCAGCAACGGCGGUGCGCUGGGGAGGGAGCAGUCAGGGCGGCCCCCGGCACACCCCCUGACCAAAGUGAGGCUAGAUCUGCCUCACCACCGGUGCCUGCACCCCGACUACAGCCGCCCCAUCGCCUUCCCGCCACGGUCCAUUCGUGAGAGCAUCGAGGAAGACCUGGCAGAAGAGACCCUUAGCCAGGACGGCCGCAGCAGCUCCAGGCAGAGUGAGUCCAGUGUGGGAGAGUGGCUGAGAGCGAUUGGCAUGGAGAAAUAUGAGGAGGGCUUGAUCCACAACGGCUGGGACGACCUGGAGUUCCUCAGCGACAUCACCGACGAGGACUUGGAAGAAGCUGGCGUGAUGGACCCCAAGCACAAGCGACUUGUCCUUGAGAGCCUGAGGCUCAGGAAGUAGCGGGAAUCUCCCUGCCACCCCCCCCCCAGGACACCCCUCCUUCCUUCCUUCCUUCCUUCCUUCUGGUUUUGAGCCCUUUCUCCUUCUCGCCCACCCUGUGCCACGUGUGAGGAGAUAUCGGGGCGGCUGGCAAAGCAUCAAGGAGCAGGUCUCCCCUCCUCUAGCCCCCCGGAGGGGAGGGUUGAUGGCAGAGCCAGACGGACACCCCAAAGGUGUCCCCGAGACUUGGAGCCGACUGUGAGGUUGCCGAAGACCCAGCGCUGGCGCUUCCACGCCCCUCCUUGGCUCCUGCAAGGAUCGGGACCCUCCCAGGCGGGGAACGGGGAAGCGCAAGUGGUCCAGGCUAAGCAUUUCAGAUCAGCACCCUUAAACGCCCCUCCCCUCCUCUCUCUCCCCCCCUCCACCUCCACCCACAACCCCUUUCCACAUCCUCUCUGUGCUGCUGGUUAAAUUAUUCUUAUUUAUUACAGCGAAAGAAGGAUCCUUGCUUUUUGUUUUGUUUUGCUCUUCCUUUCAGAGCGUUUCCCCCUCUCCUGCCCUCAAUGUGCCUCUGGACCAACUCUGGUUUAUCGGGCGGGAGUUCCUGAAUUGAGUGCCGUUAACCUGGCCUCCUUUUACUGAGGCCAAGGGGCGGGGGGUGGAUGGUGUGGGGACAAAUCUGCCGGCUGUGUUCUGCUCUGCUGGUGGGUCUUGGCUUUGUCUCUUUCUCUGACCCAGGAACUGCUUUUGGGGGCCUUUCAGCCUGACUCUGGCCUCCUUGCUGUCUAGGCCCGGUUUUCUCUGGGGCAAUGCAAAUGGAGAUCUCUCCUCGCCCCACAAUCCCUCCAGAAGCCUUGGGGAAUUGUUUUUGCCACCCAAGGGACGUUCCAGCCCCGGUUUGCUUCCCAGAGAGGAUCUGCGUCACGCUCCUGUUGCAUCGUCCCGCUUGGAAAGGUGUCUCCUUCCCGUGACCAGCCUUCAGUGGGGCGAUGGGGGGAGCCCUCCCUCUUCUUCCUCUCAAGGCUGUUUCUUGCCUCCCAAGAAAUAUUAUGCAACCUUCAGGGGCUCACCGGACAGCCCAAGGUGUUUGCUCACGUGCCUCUUGCUUUUCUAAGCGUUCAGCCUUAAACAGACCCCACCUGCAGCUCUUCGCACAGUGUCUGAACAGCCCUGUGAACGACAAUCUGCAAAAUAACCUCAGGUAGCCCCAAACGUCUGAGCAAGGCCAGAGCUGUAGCUUGGGUAGGGGAGCAACUAGCCAGGUUUUUUUGCCCCAGAUGAAGCCUCCAGAGGGUUAGGGCCCCAGCCUGUGUGCGCAUGCAAAUGUGUGCCACACUUGAGUCUUUGACCCGGGUGAAAUGAAAGCCUCGCUUUGCCCCUAGCAAGAAAGUCUUCCCGGCAAAUCCUGCAGUGGUGCUUUGCGGAGAUUGCGAAGCUCAUUCAAAUGCAGUGGCCAGGUAAGCAAGCAGUGCCCCACAGCAGCCAAUCAAGUGGAGCCAGCCAAUGGAGGCACAUGGGAUGUCUCCGCAAGGCGGGACAAAUGCAGAACGGCUCACCUCUGCUGCUAAAGAGAGAGCUGAGGGCAAUACUCUGCGAGAUCAGUUGCUCUGGGGCAGUGUUUCUCGAACUUGGGUCCCCAGCUGGCCUUAGACUACAACUCCCAUCGUCCCUAGCUAGCAGGACCAGUGGUCAGGGAUGAUGGGAGUUGUAGUCCAGCCCAUAGCUGUCAACUUUUCCCUUUUCCUGCGAGGAAUCCUGUUCGGAAUAAGGGAAUUUCCCAUAGAAAAGGGGGAAAGGUUGACAGCUAUGGUCCAGCCACAGCUGGGGACCCAAGUCUGAGAAACACUGCUCUGGGGAGUGGCUCCCACGCUUCUCCCCGCCGCACGGUUUGUGUCUUGAUCAGGUCAGCAGGCGAGGGUUCCUGACUCUGCCCCUGCGUGUAUUGGUUGGGGCUGGAGUCUACCUCAGCAGCCCGCUGCCGCCUUUCUUCCACGGGGUCCUUCCUUUGCAGGCCUUGAAGACACACUCGUGACCUGGGGUGCACAAGUGAGAUGUUGUCCUCCGCACUUUUCCCCUUGAGCCCAGCACCUUUUACCAGAGUCAGCUGUUCCCACGAAGUUUCCUUGUUUUGCUUACUCUUUGUCCUUGAUCCGAGGAAGGCGGCUCAUGUGAUGCCUUUCUCCCGUACGGAUGCAAACCUCGGUGCCUGCAGGGAGGCCGUUCCUAAGAUCCAGGGCGGGGACCUGGAUCUUGACAAUAAGACAGACUUGCAGAAGUCAGGAAGCAAGUUCUGGGUUGCAGCCUCGGUUCUGCUCAACUUUUCCCCUUGGGUAAUUGCUCUAAUACCCCAGUGCCUUACUUUAUAAUAUUGCUGGUGAGGGAGUCUCCUACGUGCAGGAGGUUUCAAGGAAACCGUUCGCUUUGCCAGAGACCAUCUGGGACAUUUUCACACCUCGGCAAAGGAGCAGCUCUCUGAAAUUAAAAUGAAGGAUCUCUCUCUCUGUGUGUUUUGUUCCUCCUGCGAAAUUUGCUCCCAGGCGUGGGUUCAGUUAUCAUUAUUUUCAUUAUUAGCGUUUGGUGUGAGUUCUAACCCUACUAAAUUCUACUGUGCCGUAUUUUAUAGAUGUACUUCUUGUUGUUUUAAUGUUUUAAUUUAAUUGUCGUUUGGGACACUUUGUAUACGCUUACUGUUUCGUGGGCUGAACCAGGAAUCGCGAUGACUUGCCCUCGUCCCCCCAAAAAAAACAAACCCCGGUGUUUGCAUUUCAUGUCCUUAGUUUGCCACCGCCUCCAUCCUGACGCAAUAAAAGGGCUUGUUUGCUUAAAGAA